GUCUGUUGAUCCCGUGUGUUUCCCACCCCCGCCCCCACUCCUUAGUAUGAUAAUUCUGUAGAGCCACCGAGAAACAUACUUUAAACAGCUCCAGCUAGGUAGUGGAACGGGGGGAUGUCUGAUCUGGCAGUUGAAAGGCAGGGGUAGGUUUCCCGAAGUCCACAGGUGCGCUCAACAUAGGAAUGAUUCGUUUUCUUUCUUAACAGGGAUCUAAUCUUCCGCUCACGUUGGCCGCAUGACUGAAGGCUCCUCCGGGUCUCACUCCGAGCCAGUGGCUUUAGGAGCAAGCCCAAGUAGAUCUACUCGGCUCCUCCAAGGAGUAUCUAGCCAGAAGUCCCGCGCCCCCCACCCCCACGCCCAGGCAAGGCUGCCCGCCAGCACCAGCCCGGCGAUGAGACCUGCACCUCAGAGUAGCCACUGAAGGACGCCAGGGUUUGCAAAAUGACCAAGUCGUAUAGCGAGAGCGGGCUAAUGGGGGAACCGCAGCCCCAAGGUCCCCCCAGCUGGACGGACGACUGCCUCAGUUCCCAGGACGAGGCGGACAAGAAAGAAGAGGAUCUGGAAGCCAUGCACACCGAGGAGGAUUCCCUGAGGAACGGCGAGGAAGAGGAGGAAGAGGAUGACUUGGAAGACGACGACGAAGAGGAGGAAGACGAGGAGGAAGACGAGGACGACCAGAAGCCGAAGAGGCGCGGCCCCAAGAAGAAGAAGAUGACCAAGGCGCGCCUGGAGAGGUUCAAGAUGAGGCGCAUGAAGGCCAACGCGCGGGAGCGCAACCGCAUGCACGGCCUCAACGCCGCCCUGGACAACCUGCGCAAAGUGGUCCCCUGCUACUCCAAGACGCAGAAGCUGUCCAAGAUCGAGACGCUGCGCCUGGCCAAGAACUACAUCUGGGCUCUCUCCGAGAUCCUGCGCUCGGGCAAGAGCCCGGACCUGGUAUCCUUCGUGCAGACCCUCUGCAAAGGCUUGUCGCAGCCCACCACCAACCUGGUGGCCGGCUGCUUGCAGCUCAACCCGCGGACUUUCCUGCCAGAGCAGAGCCCCGACGGGCCGCCCCCGCCGGCCGCCUUCGCGGGCCACCCCUACGCCGCCUACCAGUCGCCGGGGCUGCCCAGCCCGCCCUACGGCACCAUGGACAGCUCCCACCUCUUCCACCUCAAGGCGCCGCCCGCCUUCGGCGCCGCGCUGGAGCCCUUCUUCGAGAGCGCGCUGGCCGAGUGCGCUGCCGCCUCCAGCCCCGCUGCUGCUGCUGCCGCCGCCUUCGACGGGCCGCUCAGCCCCCCGCUCAGCGUCAACGGGAACUUUUCCUUCAAGCACGAGGCGGCCGGAGACUUCGAGAAGAGCUACGCCUUCACCAUGCACUACCCGGCGGCUGCCGGCCUGGCGGGCGCCUCCGGCCACGGCUCCAUCUUCUCCUGCGCCGCAGCACGUUGCGAGAUCCCCGUGGACUCCCUGCUGCCCUACGAGAGCCAUGCCCACCACCACGAGCGGGUCAUGAGCGCCCAGCUCAACGCCAUCUUCCACGACUGAGCCUUCCCAGGCGCACGCCGAGGGGGCAGAGACUGUCCGGAGGGGCGUCCGGUCACUGCCUUGCGGACAAAGGGUAGCCUCCUCCACCCACCCGGAGAGAGACCUCCCAGCGUCAGAGGAUCGGCUUUACUGCCUUCAGGAGCUGCGGGGAUGUUCCGCUUGCCUGUUCCCCUUCUGUCAUUUCCCUCCUCGCCCAGUCGAAGCCUGCACCGGCAACGAAUGGGGUGUAGAAGGACUGCGCUCGCCUCUCCAUUAAUCUGAUCGGGACGACAAAAUCACAAGCAAUAAUUAGGAUCUAUGCAAUUUUUUUUAAAAAAAGAACACUAGUCACAGGCCACUUACAAAAAGAAAAAAAGGAAAAAAGAGAGAAAAGUAUAUAUCAGAUCUCUAUUUUUCAAUCAGCAUUUUCCUACUUGUUGACCUUUUUUGCCCACAUGCUGAAUUAUUUUGUUGUGAUUUUGUACAGAAUUUUUAAUAACUUUUUGAUAAACUAUUUUAAACCAUCCAGCUUCAUCAUUUUUUAUAUGUACUGGGGAAGAAAACGAAAGUAGACUUCUAUCUAAUUUAUACAAAUAAUUUAAGUAAUGUUAAACCAGCAAAAAAAAAGUGCUUAGAAGAAGAAAAAGUUGUUGUGUUGCCUUAGCACCUCCACCCCACCCCCACCCCACCCCCCCAGUUCUUUCCCAAAUCCUUUUACAAACAAACAACAGCACAGCCGGCAAUGUAUUUCUCCUGAAACUUUCCACUUCCCUUCAAGAAGAACCAGCUUCCCACUUUUUUUUAAAAAAAGGAAAGGAUGAAAGAAGGAAAAGAUUUAUUUUCUAUUAAACCAUAUCAUUUCAAUACAUUUCUUGCACAGCCUUGUAUAUACAUGCAUAUUCUACUACACAAUUGCCAAUCUCCCCUUUAUUUCAAAUCAAAAGCUGCUUGACGAUCACGUACGAUUUGCACUGUUCGUUCAUAAACUUUGGCUUCUUCUUCCCUCUUCCCACUCCGCAUCCUAAGAUUUUUGGAAGAGAAUUUGGAAGACCUUCAUGUUUCCAGGCAAUGUUAAAAUGCAUGAUUUAUUACCCCUUACAUAGUCAUAUGAAUCGGUGGUUUGUCAUACCUUCGUCCAGGAGCCGAAGAUGAAUCAGGUUUAUAAUGGUUGGGUUAUAUAAUAUACCGAUUGUAGUCAGUAGUAUAAAAUCAAUGCAAAACAAGUUGACUUCGUAAAUAGAAUAUUAGUGAUGCAUGUACAAUGCAGUCCAGAAUAAGUGCUGUCUGAAAUGUAAUGCUGGUUCAGCUGAAAUCAAUCUGUACUGUAAUUUUGUUCGUAAUCCUGUAAAUGAUAAUGUAAUGCACACUUGGGAUUUUUACGUGGGGCACACACACCACAACUUUGCAACAAGAUAUUAAGGAGCCAUUGGUCAAAUGUUGCAUUUCUCCUUGCGUGUGAUUUUAUUUUUCCCUCCUUAGUGUUAGCAAUUCCUAUGGGAUUGUUGUAAUAGUCCAUGGAAGGUGCAACCUUUAUUAUUUGUACAAUAAACUGAAAUUACAAAACAAA